GCGGAGCCUUCCACCGCUUAGAUUUCUUCCCUUCCUGUGGCCUCAGAAGCCUGCUUACCUGCCUGCCACACCGGACCCUGACACUCGGGGGCCUCAUGGCUGCCACCUGUGAGAUCAGCAACGUUUUUAGCAACUACUUCAACGCCAUGUACAGUUCAGAAGACCCCACCCUGGCUCCUGCUCCUCUGACUACUUUUGGCACUGAAGACUUUGUGUUGACCCUGAACAACCAACACAUGUCCCCAGAAGGUCCAGUAGGUUGUGUAGGACCUCAGACAAGAUCCCAAAGGGACAGAACUGAGCCUCCGGCUGUACUCCACCUUGCAGAGAAGGCAAGCUGGACCGGAGAGCGGCCCCAGUUCUGGUCGAAGACCCAGGUACUGGAUUGGAUCAGCUACCAAGUGGAGAAGAACAAGUAUGAUGCCAGUUCCAUUGACUUCUCGCGCUGCGACAUGGACGGCGCCACCCUCUGCAACUGUGCGCUGGAGGAGCUGCGACUAGUCUUUGGCCCUCUGGGAGACCAACUCCAUGCCCAGCUUCGGGACCUCACCUCCAGCUCUUCUGAUGAACUUAGUUGGAUCAUCGAGCUGCUGGAGAAGGACGGCAUGACCUUCCAAGAGGGCCUAGGAGACUCGGGUCCCUUUGACCAGGGAAGCCCUUUUGCCCAGGAGCUACUGGAUGAUGGCCGUCAGGCCAGCCCCUACUACGGCAGUUCCUAUGGCCCUGGAGCGCCCUCUCCAGGUAGCUCUGAUUUCUCCACUUCAGGGACCGAUACUCCCCAGAGUUCCCACUCCUCUGACUCCGGUGGAAGUGAUGUGGACCUGGACCUCACCGAUAGCAAGGUCUUCCCUAGAGAUGGCUUUCCUGACUAUAAGAAGGGAGAACCCAAGCAUGGAAAGAGGAAACGGGGGCGUCCCCGAAAGCUGAGCAAAGAAUACUGGGACUGUCUGGAGGGCAAGAAGAGCAAGCAUGCCCCCAGAGGUACUCACCUGUGGGAGUUCAUCCGGGACAUUCUUAUCCACCCUGAGCUCAACGAAGGCCUCAUGAAAUGGGAGAACCGGCACGAGGGCGUUUUCAAGUUUCUUCGUUCAGAGGCUGUGGCCCAACUAUGGGGCCAAAAGAAGAAGAAUAGCAACAUGACCUAUGAGAAGCUGAGCCGGGCCAUGAGGUACUACUACAAACGGGAGAUCCUGGAACGGGUGGAUGGCCGUCGGCUCGUCUACAAGUUUGGCAAGAACUCCAGUGGCUGGAAGGAAGAAGAGGUUGGAGAGAGUCAGAAUUAAGGGUCAGGGCUGGCCCCGGACCUGAUUCAGGCAUGAACUCCAGAACUGAAGCCUUCCUGGAAGGACAGGCAGGCCUGAAGGCCCCUCGAUGUGGAUGUGUUUCCCUGUGUGCUGCAGAGAGGAGGAACCUGUUGGGUGUGGCCUCUGCAGUAUCCUGAGCCUUUGGCCUCUCCUCGCCCUCUUGGGAUUACGAGCCCCCGGGUUUGACUUCACAAACUCUCCAGCUGUGAAUCCAGUUCCUUCCAGUCCCAACGUUGACUGCAGAAGAGAUUCACCUGCAGAUGCCUGGGCUCAGCCAAGGAGGCUGGAGAGACUGUGGGAGGAGACUACAGGGACAGAGGGGACAGGAUUGUGUUCUCUAGAGCUUCUUGGACUGGCUUCCACCUCUCUGCUCAGUACUCAGGCUCCACAGACACAGGGGUCAGAGCAACCCUAAUUUAUGUGCUAUAAAUAUUCCAGGUGUAUAUAGAGAGCUAUUUUUUCUAAAGCGUUUCCCCCUCCCUGUUCUUCUCUACUGAGUGCUGGUGGCCAGACCAAUUGUUCUAGGGCCCCUAACUGGACCAGGGAGAAGUAGGGUGAUACCAGAGUCCCCAAGAUGGGGCUCUUGGACCCCCUUUCCUGUGAUUGGAGGUUGAAACCUCCAAUAAAGCGCCUUCUGGGCUUUUUCUAA